AUGGCAUCCUCCCUCAUUUCCAAGCGAUUGCGCUCAACCGACGCCGACAAGGAUGUUGAGCCAAGCUGGAUCCGCCGUCAGGUCACUUGCGGCCUCCAAUUCAUCUCCCGCCGGGCUUGUGUUCACCCAAUUCACACGAUUGUCGUGAUCGCGCUGCUCGCCAGUACGACCUAUGUUGGUCUGCUGGAAGGCAGCUUACUGGAUACCGCGCGGAAUUCGCGCAAUGUCGCGGGUCAAGUGGACACAGAGACCCUUCUCCAGGGGAGCAGGAAUUUGCGACUAGGAGAGUCCACCUCCUGGAAGUGGCAGGCGGAAGACUCCUGGGCCGACGAGACGCAGAUCGAGAAGCCCGCUGUUCACCACCUUGCUCUCACUACCUUCAUUUUCCCGGAUUCCGCCUCCAAGUCCGAGUCGACCGCUCCCCUCGCCGAUGAUGUCCCCAUCCCUAGCAAUGUCUCGGCGCAGUCGGUGCCCCGCACCCCGAAUCUUUUCUCGCCUUUCUCUCACGACUCCGCUCUUGCCUAUGCCGUGCCUUUUGACCAGGUCUCUGAGUUCCUUAGGGCUGUCCAGGAGAUCCCAGACUCCUCAAACGAGGAGGAGGAAGAGGAAUCGAAGAAAUGGAUCAUGCGGGCUGCUCGCGGCGCCACUGGCUCGCGCACUGCCCUCAAGAUCUGGCUGACCGAUGCCUGGAGCUCAUUUGUGGAUCUGAUCAAGCAUGCCGAGACCAUUGACAUCGUGAUCAUGGCUCUUGGCUACAUCUCGAUGCACCUCAGCUUCGUCUCUCUUUUCUUCUCGAUGAGGCGCCUCGGCUCCAAAUUCUGGCUUGCGGCUACUGUGCUCUUCUCCGGCUCCUUCGCUUUCCUGUUUGGUCUUCUGGUGACGACCAAGCUUGGUGUGCCCAUUAACCUGCUUCUGCUCUCGGAAGGCCUUCCGUUCCUGGUUGUGACUAUUGGAUUUGAGAAGCCGAUCAUGUUCACCCGUGCGGUCCUCAAUGCCUCUGUGGAUAACCGCCGCCCUGCUCCUGGUGCGGCUCCGCGGCCCCUCGCGUCGAGCACCCCGGCCUCCAUUCAGGAUUCCAUCUCGGCUGCGAUCAAACAGCAGGGCUUCGAGAUCAUCCAGCACUACUGCAUUGAGAUCGGUCUGUUGGCCAUUGGCGCUGCCUCUGGUGUGCAGGGCGGUCUUCAGCAGUUCUGCUUCCUCGCUGCCUGGAUCCUGUUCUUCGACUGCGUUCUUCUGUUUACCUUCUACACCACCAUUCUCUGCAUCAAGCUCGAGAUCACCCGCAUUAAGCGUCAUGUUGCGCUGCGCAAGGCUCUCGAGGAGGAUGGCAUCACUCACAGCGUGGCUGAAAAUGUUGCUUCUAACAAUGAUUGGCCCAACGUUGGUUCGGAUGGUAACGAGGGUGAUACUAGCAUCUUCGGACGUAAGAUCAAGUCCAGCAGCGUGCGCCGAUUCAAGAUUCUCAUGGUCGGUGGUCUGAUCCUGGUCAAUGUUGUGAACCUGUCUGCUAUUCCCUUCCGCAACACCGGUAACGGUGCGUUGAUCUCGCGCCUCUCCCAUGUCAUGGCUCCUACUCCCAUCGACCCCUUCAAGGUCGCCGAGAAUGGUCUGGAUUCCAUCUAUGUGACCGCCAAGAGCCAGAAGCAAGAGACUAUGGUGACUAUCAUCCCGCCCGUCAAGUAUAAGCUGGAGUACCCUUCAGUCCACUAUGCCGCGGCCGAGUCUGGUCCGUUCGAGAUUGAGUAUACCGACCAGCUCCUAGAUGCUGUUGGUGGCAAGGUCCUUGAGAGCCUGUUGAAGAGCGUUGAGGACCCCAUUAUCAGCAAAUGGAUUAUCGCUGCUUUGACCCUCAGUAUCAUUCUUAACGGUUAUCUCUUCAAUGCGGCUCGCUGGAGCAUCAAGGAGCCCGAGGCUACUCCUGCUCCUCCCAAGGAGCCUGCCCCCAAGGUUUACCCCCAGUUCGAGCCGAAUGAGCAGGAAUCUACCCGAACAUUCGAGGAGUGCGAACUGAUGCUGAAGGAGAAGAAGGCUCCAUUGAUGACUGAUGAGGAACUGAUCGCUCUGUCGCUCAAGGGAAAGCUUCCUGGCUACGCUCUGGAGAAGACCAUGGAGGAUGAGAACUUGAUGAGCCGUGUGGAUGCUUUCACUCGCGCUGUCAAGAUCCGUCGUGCCGUUAUCUCCCGCACUGGCGCUACUUCUGCUACUACCGGUUCCCUGGAAGCCUCCAAGCUUCCGUACAAACACUACAACUACGGUCUCGUUCACGGCGCUUGCUGUGAGAACGUUAUUGGAUACCUGCCCCUGCCCCUUGGUGUCGCUGGUCCCCUGAAGAUUGACGGUCAGAGCUACUUCAUCCCCAUGGCUACCACCGAGGGUGUUCUUGUUGCCAGUACCAGCCGUGGCUCCAAGGCUAUCAACGCUGGCGGUGGUGCCGUGACUGUCCUCACCGGUGAUGGUAUGACUCGUGGACCUUGCGUAACAUUCCCUACUUUGGCUCGGGCUGCCGCUGCCAAGGUCUGGAUUGAUUCUGAAGAAGGUCGCAGCAUUAUUACCGCUGCCUUCAACUCGACCAGUCGCUUUGCCCGUCUCCAGAACUUGAAGACUGCUCUUGCCGGUACCUAUCUCUACAUUCGCUUCAAGACCACCACUGGUGACGCCAUGGGUAUGAACAUGAUUUCCAAGGGUUGUGAAAAGGCCCUGGAUGUUAUGUCCAAGGAGUGUGGCUUUGAUGACAUGUCGAUCAUCUCGCUCUCCGGUAAUUUCUGUACCGACAAGAAGUCCGCGGCUAUCAACUGGACCGAUGGCCGUGGUAAGUCCGUUGUGGCUGAGGCCAUCAUCCCUGGUGAUGUCGUGAAGAGCGUUCUGAAGAGUGAUGUAAACGCUCUGGUUGAACUCAACGUCAGCAAGAACUUGAUCGGUAGCGCCAUGGCUGGUAGCUUGGGUGGUUUCAACGCCCACGCGUCCAACAUUGUCUCUGCCAUCUUCUUGGCCACCGGCCAGGAUCCCGCCCAGAACGUCGAGAGCAGCAGUUGUAUCACGACUAUGAAGAACAACAAUGGAAACCUCCAGAUCGCCGUCUCGAUGCCCUCCAUUGAGGUCGGUACUAUUGGUGGUGGUACUAUUCUCGAAGCGCAGUCCGCUAUGCUAGAUAUGCUCGGUGUCCGGGGAUCGCACCCUACCACCCCCGGCGAGAACGCCCGCCAGCUGUCCCGCAUCAUUGCCGCCUCCGUGCUGGCUGGUGAACUCAGUUUGUGCGCCGCUCUUGCCGCCGGACAUCUUGUGAAGGCACACAUGGCCCACAACCGCAGCGCCGCUCCCACGCGGUCCUCGACCCCCGUGUCGGCUGCCGUGGGCGCGGCCCGCGGUCUCUCUAUGACCUCGAAAUAA